AUGAGUGACGAAGAUAAUACUGAGAUACAAAUGAUAGUAGAUAAAAAAUCUCGCUUUAGUCGUUAUCGUACUCGAAUUCGAGAAAGAAAUCAGCUUGAUAUAAUGGAAAUGAUGACAACUGAUGAUUUGAACGAAACACCAGAAGAUGAAGCAUGUGCCUUUGAUCAACGGAUGCUUCUCGAUGAUGGCAUAACAUCAACAUUGAAACAUGAUGAAUAUAAUCCAGCAUCAGAUUCAAUUUUAAAGGAAGCAACUAAACAACAUUCAUCGGAAAGACAUAAUGAUAAUGAUAAUAAUUAUGAAGAUGAAGUUGAUGAUUUGUAUCGAUUCUAUAACGAUCGUAAUAAUAUAGGAGAUGAUAAUGAUGGAGAUAAAGCUGAUGAUGAUGAACAUGAUGAAGAUGAAUAUGAAGAUGAAGAUGAAAGUGAAGAUGAUGGUAUUGAGGAAAGUCCGGAUUUUCAAAACAACUUCUAUGACAAUUAUUUCGAAAAUGAAAGAUUGCCUGAUGCUACUGAAUUGUCUGUAAUGUUAUUUUUUACUUGGAAAAGACAUAACAUAAGUAAAGCUGCUGCAAAUGACAUAUGUCGUAUCAUCAACAUGUUCAAUAUUCCAAACAUGCCCAAAGAUUUUCGUGCAGUAAUGAGACAUUUAAAAAAAAAUAAUCCAACAUUACUCGAAGGAAAUCACUUUUUUAUUUGUCCUUCAUGCGGCAAUAAAUGUGGAAAUGCUUCAAAAUGUAAUUUGACUAGAUGUCAGUCAUCGAAUUCUCUUGUACGAACUCCAACAUCAGUUGUCGUUUUUCCUUUAGCACCACAAAUUUGUUCAAUUCUUGAACGAGAAAGUCUUAUCAUGCCAACUUAUGAAUCAAAUCAAUGUGACGAUUUAUCAAACUCUCAACGUGCUCAGGAAGUAGCAAGAAAAGAAAAGCAAAAUAAUCCUGCCAGAAAUAAUGUAACUCUCACGUUGAACACUGACGGAGUCCUUCUAAAACGAAUAUCUCGAUCGUUAUGGAUUACAUGUGCUUGUAUAAAUGAGUUGCCUCGAAAAAAACGUUACGAUAUCAACAAUAUUCUAAUAUGUUCUAUAUCUACUGGAGAUGAAAAACCGAAGAAAGAUGAAUAUUCAACAAUAUUACAAGAUAUUGUGAAUGAGUUAAAAUUUCUUGAACAAGUUGGUUUUGAUGUUUUACUUCCAUCAACUGUCAAAACUCAUAAUAGAACUUACACACAUUUCCAUGCUUUCACUAUUGCAGCAGUGUGCGAUAAACCCGCACAAGCAAUCAUGAUGAAUAUUAAAGAUCCUACAGGAUUCUUCAGCUGUGGUUGGUGUUGUAUACCAGGUUAG